AUGCCGAUCGAGUUUACUGUAUUCAAGGGAUCGAAAGACGGAACCAUUGUGCAAGGGACAACCGAGCGACCCGACCUGAAGCGCGACGAUGUACUCAUUCGGAUCACGCACUCAGGCGUCUGCUUCACCGAUGUUCACUACCGAAAUGCCGAUAUGGCGCUAGGCCACGAAGGAACUGGGGUCGUCGAAGCAACUGGCCCAGAUGCUCAUAUUUUGAAGAAAGGCGAUCGAGUGGGUUGGGGGUAUGAGCACGAUUGCUGCGGUCACUGCCGUCACUGUCUCACUGGCUGGGAGACCAUGUGUGCGGAGCGCAAGAUGUAUGCUUACGCGGAUCUUGAUCAAGGGUCGUUCGGUACUCACGCUGUGUGGCGUGAAGCAUUCUUGUUCAAAAUUCCUGACAACAUAAGCAACGAGGACGCUGGUCCACUUAUGUGUGGCGGAUCGACCGUUUUCAACGCUCUUCACGUUGCCCAAGUUCGUUCUACGGCUCGAGUUGGCAUUGUCGGAGUAGGAGGGCUGGGUCAUCUGGCUAUUCAAUUCGCCGCGAAGAUGGGUUGCCAGGUGGUCGUCUUCUCGGGGACCGAUAGCAAGAAAGAAGAGGCAUUGAAGUUAGGCGCAAAGGAGUUCUAUGCAACCAAAGGUUCGAAGGAACUGAAGUUGGAGCAGCCCAUCGACAAUCUUAUUGUGACUACCAGUAGCCAACCGAACUGGGAGCUUUAUCUGAGCGUGAUGUCUCCAAACGGUGUCAUCUCGCCCCUCUCCGUCGACGAGAACGAAUUGAAGAUCCCGUACAUGCCUGUACUGUUGAACGGUCUCCGUAUUCAAGGAGGAAUCGUUUCCGCGAGGCAGGUUCACCGCGACAUGCUUGAUUUCGCCGCCAUGCAUAAUAUCAAACCUAUCAACAUGACUUUCCCCAUGACACUGGAAGGAGUCAAGCAAAGCCUCAAGACUCUGGAAGAAGGCAAAAUGCGUUAUCGUGGCGUCCUUGUUGCUGAAAAUUGA